CGACCCCAUCCUCGGCAUGGCCAACAUACUCUCUGCAGUCUCUGUGCCGUCUUCGCAUGCCAUAGUGACGGACUAUCCGAAGCUUGCGCUCUUCUUGCUUGCCGUCGGCUCCUUCUCGUUCGCUAGGUUUGCAUUCAAGACCCUCCUCGUCCUCUUUCAAACCUUCGUUGUCUCUGGGAAGAGUCUCAAGAAGUAUGGUGCUGGAAAGGGUGCAUGGGCAGUGGUGACUGGUGCUUCGGAGGGGAUCGGUCGCGAAUUCGCUCUUCAGCUCGCACAGAAGGGGUUCAACGUUGUUGUAUCCGCCCGCAACGCCUCGGCACUGGCGACCCUCGUCACUGAGAUUGAAUCGAAGUCUACGGGGGAAAGAAAGGUUCAAGCAAAGGCUGUGACCAUGGACUUCUCCAAACUGGAUGAUACGGUUCAGUGGAAUAAGCUCGAGACCGAACUGUCAGGUCUCGACAUCGGUGUUCUCAUCAACAACGCAGGCAAGUCCUACCAGUACCCAGAGGACUUCCACGCCACGAAGCCCCAGGACAUGGAGGACAUCGUGACCAUCAACAUAUCUUCUGUGGUUCGGCUCACAAAAAUGCUCCUUCCUGGCAUGGUCGAGAGGAAGCGCGGUCUGAUUGUCAACAUGGGCUCCUUCUCUGGCGUCAGCGUCGCAUCACCAAUGCUCUCGGCGUAUGCCGGCUCGAAGUCUUUCCUGUCCUCUUUCACCGGUUCGCUCGCGGAAGAGGUCCGCGGCAAGGGCGUCGAUGUGGAAUGCGUCAACACGUACUUCGUCGUCUCGAACAUGUCUAAAAUUCGUAAGGCCAGUGCGUUCAUCCCCACGCCGAAGGCCUUCGUCCGCAGCGUAUUGUCCAAAGUGGGACUCCCCUGCGGCGCGCUUUGGACGAAGCGCCCUGGCGUUGUCACGCCUUACUGGAGCCACUCGCUGCUCGACUAUGUUAUGAACGUCGUCGGCUGGAACAUGGCCUUCGUGCGCUAUACGCACGGUUUACACAAGAGCAUUCGCCGCCGCGCCCUGCGCAAGCUGGAGCGCGAGGCCAAGCAGCAGUAGACGGAGCGAAAGGCUAUCCCAUGGUUCUUGUCGCUCUUCGUAUGUCAUGCUAAUACAUCGUUGCGGUAAUCAAGAGUUUUGCGGUCAUCAUACAUGCUUGCAGAACACCGCCGCUC